CGCUCCCGGCCGCGCCGGCCGCCCAGGUGAGCGGGGAGCGGCACCCGGAGGGGCUGGGGGGGGACACCGGGCUCCUCUCCGCUUCUCUCUCGCUGCCCGUGCGCCCCCGCAGCGCUGCCCCGGCAGACAGGUGGGCAAAGCCGCGCUUAAACUGCGCCCGAGCCGCGCUUAAAGCGCGAGCGGCCGCUUUCGGGAUCUUUUCGCCCUUCUCAGCCCGCACCUGAAGCCGCCCCCGAGCGCACCGGGAGCAAAGAACCCCCGUUUGGGGCUUUUUCUUUGGCGGGGGGAGGAUUUUCCAGCUUUGCGAUGGCUCAGCAUCCCGCCGGAGCUCGCGCUGGCUCCCGGAGUUAAACCCAGCCCUAACAAAGAGCUGUUUAUUAAAGCCAGCGACGCGCCAGCAUCUAUUUGCUUUUGCCUCCCUUCCUCUGCGCUCGGGGUAUCCCAGAGCUGCCAGCACACCCCCGGCAGCCCGGGAGCCCCGAAACCGCUCCCGGGGAAGCAGAGGACACCGAGCGCGGUGCUUGGGCUCCCCGUUUGUCCUCCCUCAACCCUCAGCAGCUCUUUGGAAACGGGAAUCAUUCCACAGCGCGGUUAUGGAAAGGGGGGGAGGAAAUCCUUUCCAGCAGGUGGGACAGAGCCCACCAGCUCCGGUUCGCUUUCCCGGAAUUCCAUAGCCCCCAGCGCAGUCCCUGCGCGCUCCCUCCUCACUGCGCCCCCCGGAUUUCUGAGCUCUGGGAAUGGCUUUGCUCUUUUUCCUCGGUUUCGAGUCAAUUCCACAGGAAUCCCAUAAUAACGGUGCCCGUCUCCGGCAUGAGUCAGUCCCGUGGGAGCGAUCGCUUUGCAGGCAGGAGUCCCAGCAGCGUUCCUGGCCCCGGCAGAGCUCACAAGACAGCUGUUUUCCUCUUCUUUUGUCGUGUGGAAACGGGACAGGGCUGGAGCUCCAGCAGGAUGAAACAUGAGUUAUAGCAUCUCUCCCACAAAGCGAUCCCAGCCCUGCCUGGAGCGCGGGCCUAGGUGGAAAAAACUCCCGGAUCUGGGUAAAUGCGGAGGGAAAGACAAAGUCAGGGCGCUCAGGGAACACCGGACGCCGCGGAGCUCCCGCACCAGCCUCCUCCCGGGGCCGGCCGGGGGGCUCCCGGGGGGAGCGGCAGCACAGGGGGGUCCCCAUGGCUGUCCCCAUCCCUGUCCCCGCAGAGCUGCCUCAGCAGGCAGCAGCUCCUGGCUGCCAUCCGGCAGAUGCAGCAGCUGCUCAAGGGGCAGGAGACGCGCUUCUCCGAGGGGCUGCGAGCCGUCAGGAGCCGUCUCAGCAGCAUCCACGCCUCCCUGGCCAAGGAGCCGCCCGCCCCCUCCUGUCCUGCCCUCCAAGCCCCUGCGGAUGGGAGGAAGUUCGGCAGCAAAUAUUUGGUGGAUCACGAGGUUCACUUCGCCUGUGCUCCAGGGUUCCGGCUCCUGGGCUCCAGCACACGGACGUGCCAGGCCAACGGCAGCUGGACGGGGCAGGAGCCGCGCUGUGCAGAGAUCAGCGAGUGCUCGAGCAGCCCCUGCCAGAACGGCGGGACGUGCCAGGAGGGGCUCGGCCACUUCGAAUGCCUCUGUCCCCCGCAGUGGGCCGGGACCAGCUGCCAGUACCGGGCUCAGACCGCUCCUCCCGGCUGGAGCGUGUCGGAUGACCCGGCCUUCAGCCGGCAGCCCCGCUGUGCCCAGCUCGCCCAGAGCCAGCAGUGCAGCUGCGAUCCCGGCUUCCAGAUGAGCGGCACGGCUUCCAACGGCAUCUGCCAGGACCUCGACGAGUGCGAGGUGUACCAGCAGGAAGGGGGACCCCGGCUGUGCGCCCACGCCUGCAUCAACACUCCCGGCUCCUUCCGCUGCUCCUGCCCCGCCGGGUACGUCCUGCUGGGCGACGGCAAGAGCUGCGAAGAUAUUGAUGAGUGUUCCCUAUCCCAGGAUAACUGCACGAGCGGGAGCAGCUGCAUCAACACGGGCGGGGGAUUCCAGUGCGUCACCCCCGAGUGUCCCCCGGCCGCCGGCAACAUCUCCUACGUCAAAACCUCCCCCUUCCGCUGCGAGCGCAACCCGUGUCCCAUGGAGAGCCGCUCGUGCCACCAGGCCCCCAAAACCAUCUCCUUCCACUACCUGCCGCUCCCCUCCAAGGCGCGGGCCCCGGUGCCGCUGUUCCGCAUGGCUCCGGGCCGGCCGGGCCCGGACAGCCUGCGCUUCGGCAUCGCGGGCGGCAGCGGCCGCGGGCACUUCGCGGUGCGGCGCUCGGAGCGGCACGCCGGGGAGCUGCUGCUGCUGCACGGCCUGCAAGGGCCCCGCACCCUGCACGUGGAUGUGGACAUGGCCGAGUACCUGGAUCGGGCCUUCCAGGCCAAGCACCUGUCCAAAAUCACCCUCUUCGUCUCGGCCUAUGAGUUUUAAGUGAGGGGGAUUGUUCCUUGAUCCCUGCUCGGCCGCCCGUGGCUCCCGGGGGAGGUCCAGGCUGGAGCCGGCUGCCGCUCUGUCCCAGAGGUCUCCAUCCCGGGGGGAUUUACGCCUGCCUGGGUGGAUUUACACCACCAAAUGAGGUGGAGAAGUCCCAUCCUCAUCCCGGCUACAACAGCAGAUGAAAACCACAGCCCUGAUUUCCUUUGAAUUCCCAUUUUUUCCUUUAGGAAGCGGCGAAGCCGAGUGUGGAGUGGGAGAGAGGCUCACGGCCUUUCCCGCUCUCCUCCCUUGUUGCACCCAGACCUGAUCCCUAAAAACACACUUCUGCUUCCCUGUGGAUGCUGAGAAUCCCCCUGGCAGCCUGAGAAUCCUGGGAUCCCUGUGGGGAUUGAGGUCUAGUACCCCUGGGAUCCAUCAGGGCUGGAAAACUCCGUGGACAUCCACCUGGGUGCCCUCUCUGGCAAGCGGGGCAAAGGAGCAAUUCCAGGGCUAUCCUUGCUCCUCCAGCCUCCCAAACAGGGAUCCCCCAUGGAUCCCCCUCCCAGCAGAGCUUCAGCUGCACGUGGAGGUGGGAAUAUUCCCUGCUGCAUCAGCCAGAGCCUCCAUGCCGGCGUUGGAACGCUGGGGAGAGCUGGGAUUCGGCUUCUCCCGGGGGGAUUCACCCGCCUGCUUGUGCAUGUUCCGCAUGUUCCCUCAUCCCGCUGGAUUUAGCACAAUUAAAGGAUGAUGUAAAGGAUGGCA